CAGCUGUGGCACAUCAUGCAGGUACAAUGCGUGUGUGGGAAUCUGACGUUGGUGGCUGACUUUCAAAGGGAUGAGUGCACGGGCCCAUGUUAUUGUGGUUGGAAGGACCUGCUGAGCCGUCGACCCGAGGAAUCAGAUAUACACCUUUCUCCAUGUUAUUGACGGCUCUGCACAACAGACAGCACCAGGAGGCAAGGCCCUGCUGGCAGAGAGGAGGUGAAGGAUUACGCUGUGAUGUCAGCAGCUCAAGCUACCUAGCUUCAAGCAUGUGGCUCCUAGAGAAGUUCCGUGGCUCUAAUAACAGUGACUCGGUGUCACCGGGAGACAAGCAGCAGAACCAGACUGGUCCCGUCUCUGUCUACACCAACAUCAUCACCCCCGACAAGAUCCCUGACUUCUUUAUCCCCCCCAAACUAAUCUGCUGCCCGCUAGAAGCAGAGCCCCCCACCCCAGAGCACCAAGCCCGCUCAACCCUGCAACCCUCGGACUCUGAGCAAACCAUCUGCAGCCAAACCCAGGGUGGCUACACACGGAACCCGUGCAGCCCGCGCCUGCUCUCACACCUGGCCGCGGACACCCGGAGCCUCCUGAGGGCUGCCAACCGCCACAUCAUCCAGAUAGAGAGUGCGGACGACCCGGGGAGUGGGGCGGGGGAUGGGGAAGACACAAACACCAACGCUGACCCGCAGUCCCAGACAGCCAUGUCUCUGCCGUACGUUCCCAAGGCCCAGACCUCGUACGGUUUCUCCACACUGGUGGAGAGCCCCCAUACACGCCGCAAGGAGUCCUUGUUCCACAGCGAUCCCAGCAGCCCCCACACCUCCCCGGGUCCCCAGAGACGCAUCCAAGCGGGGAACCACCUGACACCCUCUGACCCCAACCCCUACCGCUACUUCAGCGGGGGUGAGAGCGACACGUGCUCCUCGGCUGAGUCCUCCCCCUUUACCUCCCCCCUUCUCACCCGCUCGGCCUCCCUUCUCCGAUCAAUCACACAGGAAACUCAGGCCAAGGUGUCUCGUGCCAAGCGUACCCUGGCACGCCACAGCUCCCUCUCCACGGAUGAGUGCAGCUCGGCCGAUAACAGCCCCAACCUGCAGCGUCGCUUGCGCUGCCCUCCUUCCCCUGCUUUCCGUGGACGCAGGGGAAUCGGCUCUGGGGGGGCAAGCUCGGACCUGGUUCAGCGAGAGCAUUCGGUUUACCUCCACAAGGGGGGCACACUGAGGCUCAGCACUCACUACGACGCAGAGGCCGCCCGGCUGAGGGUCCGGGUACUCGCCGCCGAGGACCUGUACGACAAACAGACGGAUGUGAAGAGCAUUAACUGCUGCGUGUCUCUGUACCUAAAUCCGGGCAAGCAGCAGAAGCAGAGAAGCACCAUCAUCAAAAACAGUAGGAACCCGGUGUUCAAUGAGGACUUCUUCUUUGAUGCGCUGCCAGCCACCCAGGUCAAGAGUCUGGCCAUGAAGAUGAAGGUGGUGAACAAAGGGACCAGUCUGAAGAGAGAUGUGCUGCUGGGAGAGAAGGAGGUACUGCUCAGUGAGCUGCUCCCGGGCUUCUAGAGAUGUGUCUCCAUCCAAAAUGGCUACUUUUCACCAUAAAAAGUUGAUUUACAUAUCUGGAUGAGUAAAGAUUAUACUGUAUGUGUUAUUGUCAAAGUAGCUGUGCUUAAGCAUGAAGACAUUCUCUCCAAUAAUGGAUAAUCAAACUGUGCCUCAGACCUUGUCAGAAAAUGGUUUUAUUGAUUUGUAACAUCAUUGAGUUCACUGCAAGGUUGCUAGGUGUUGAACUAAGCCUUUAUACAAGCUGGUUUCCUUUAUUUGAUUUGCUCUCCAGUCUAACUUAAAAAAAAAAAAAAUUUGUCCCUGAAAUGGGGUGGCAUCUAACUUAAUGGUUAGAGUGCUGGGCCACUACCACGAAAGGUGGUCGUAAAUAUCUGAACUGACAACGUGAUGUUUUAUUUUGGGCCCUGAGCAAGAAACGUAUCCCAAAUUGCUCCCAUACGUCUCCCUGGAUAAAAGCAUAUGCUAAAUUACUAAACAGUGAAUGUGAUUUAUCUGACACAGAAUCAAUUAUGGUAGACCCUCAAAGGCAACUGUAGACCCUCAAAGCCAGUUCCAAUCAAUUUUUUUCAUUUCAAUCCUCUAAUCACGGCCUUAUUUAGACCUGGUACACCAGGUGGUUGCAACUGAGGAUGAGGUAGAACAGAAAACCAGCAGGCUCUGGACCUCGUUAGGUAAGAGUUUGGUACUAGGUGGAACUGUUGCACUGCAGGCAUACAUCCCCCACUACCCAGUCAACACAGAUCUGUCAAGAGAAUGAAAUAAGAUUAAAGAGUAGGGCACAGCUUGAUGGAAUUAAAAUCUGCCAAAGUGUUUCUCUGGAGUGACUCCGAUCGAACCCAGAGGUGCUCUUUAGUGAAAGCAGUGCAUCCCUUAGAACCAGUUGGAUUGGUUACCUUGGAGACCAGCAUGUGACAAAUCAGUGUAGCAGAUUAGAGUGAGCUGUGCAUAUGUGUGUGUUUGGACAUGUGUGUGUACUUCACCAGAUGUUUCUUGGAGGUUCCUUCAGGGAUUCUUCACACUGAACCUGUGAGGAAUUCCUACAAGAUCUUCCAAGGGCACUUUAAUAGGGAUCUUUGACCCUUUUAAUGUUUCUGGAAAAAACAAUAUGAAGUACAUGCUGGAGUAUAUUUUUUUGUGGGUAUGUUGUUUAUAAAGUUCUUUGAGCAACAAUUAAAAUGGUUCUUUACAAUAUCCUUUGACAAUGUUCCUUGUAAAUAUUGUAUUGCAUCUUCAUAAGUAAAUGACACUCCAAGAACCAUUUAUUUAUAGUGAGGAUUUGAUUGGAUCACUAUUGUACCUGUUGACAGCAGUGGUAAAGCUAUGUUUUUCCUGAUAAAUCUCCCUCUUCAUGUUGUGAUGCAGAACUGAUAUCUUUAUUCACUUGAUGGAUGUUCUAUUAUACAAUACAUGUAGCUGGAUUACAUAGCAGUAGUGAUGGGACUAGUGAGGUGUUUACAGUAUAUUUUGUAAUUAUUCAGUAUGUUACGAUGGUGUUACCUUUGCAUGCUCUUUGUUCUUUAAUAGACGAGAGGUCCGGAAAAUGGAAAACGGUUUCUUUUUUAUGACUGCAGAAUCAGAAUCCCAUGUUUACGUAAUUUAAUAUGCGAAUGCCUGGUAUUUGUAUGACUUGCCUAUUAAAAAGCUUGAACUAAUUG